AUGUUUCAGAAAGCAAUGGCGAAGCUUGAAGCAACUCCGGAAGAGCAGGCAGUCGCGGAAGGGAAGAAAAUCUUUGGGGCCAAGAAGCAGACGAAAAAACAUGGAGAAGGAAGCGAUUUGUACAAGAUCGUAAGGCUGGUAAUGGAUCGCAGCCUGGAUCCGGCGAUCGUCUUCAGCUUUGCCAAAAAGGAGUGCGAGGGAAACGCGCUCCAGAUGUCCAAGCUCGACUUUAACGACGACAGUGAGAAACUCCUCGUGGAACAAGUGUUUGGAAAUGCGAUGGAAUCCCUGGCAGAUGAAGACCGACAACUCCCUCAGGUCGAGGCCAUCCUGCCUUUGCUCAAACGAGGGGUGGGCAUUCACCAUGGUGGCCUCCUGCCCAUCUUGAAGGAGGUCAUCGAAAUACUUUUCCAGGUCCUGCCUCUCACGGUUGUAGCGCUUGUUUUUCCUCCUCUCCGUCUUUCCCGAAGGUGGAUCACCUCAGGAGAGUACAUCCAGAUGAGCGGUCGGGCAGGAAGGCGAGGAAAGGACGACAGAGGAAUCGUUAUCCAAAUGCUAGACGAGAAGAUGGACCCCCAGGUGGCAAAGGGAAUGCUCUACGGGGAGGCAGAUGCCUUGAACAGCUCCUACCACAUCAGCUACAACAUGCUGUUGAACAUGCUGCGAGUGGAAGACGCUGAUCCCGAUUUCUUGGUGAAGAGCUCGUUUAACCAAUUCCAACAGGAGGCAACGGCGCCAGCCUUAGAGGUGGAGAAGGCAAGCGAUCUAGACAGCGAGAAGAACGUGCUCGCGGCUGGGCUAAACGACGAAGAACGUACGUCAGAGUACUUCCUCGUACGUCAGCAGCUCGAGCGGACUCGGGCGGAAGUGUGCCGCGUGAUUCAACGCCCAGAGAACUGUCUCCCCUAUAUACAGGCAGGACGGUUAGUACGCAUACGAGGAUGGCCUGCUAGGCAUGGAGACCAAGACAACAAACCAGACGGAAGAGCGGCAAACGGGCACCAGGUGGAGCUCUUGCCUGAUAACCAGCCGGACUGGGGAUGGGGAGCCACUGUGGACUUGAACAAGAAGGCCUCCAGCAAGGCCGGCGAUCCAGCCAAGUAUGAAGUUGGGGUGCUGGUGAAGUGCAAGCCGGAAGAGAGCGCGCGUAGAGGAGGGCAACAUAUCUAUCCUCCCACUCCCAUGGAGGACGGCGAGAUGCGAGUCGUGCACUUCACUCUUGACUCCAUAGCGGAGCUGAGCUCGAUAAGGCUGAUGAUGCCGAAUGACUUGCGAGCGGCGGAGGCGCGGGCAGCAGUGGCGGAGAACAUGAAGGAAGCGUUUCGCAGGCUCGAAGGCAAGGUGCCGAAGCUGGAACCAAUCGCUGACAUGAGGAUACAAGACUCCUCCCUGGAGAAACUGCUGGCACGAGAGACACAGCUGCAGCGUCGCCUGGAAGGCUUGCCGUUUCACAACGACAAGGAUCGAGAGGAGCAGCUGCAGAGGUACACCGCGGUGCAGCACCUCGCUGACAAGGCCAAGCUUCUUCGGAAGGAGGCAAAAGGUGUGCAACACAUGGUGAUGAAAGACGAGAAGAUGUGGGUCCCUUCAGGCAACUUCAGGACGCCGCCAGACACGAAAAUGCUUCUGGGUUUGGCCAACCCGCUUGAUUGGGGGCGGUUCUAAAUCUGUUUGUUGGGGCGGCAUUGAUGCUAUCGGACAUAUAGCCAAGACGAUAGCGACAGCAACCCUCUCACAUACUCCAUAUCCAGAGUGCAUGUACGUUUGAAAUGAGGUUCAAAAUGGGUUACAUCUGCUUCCCGCCACACCGCGAACAUUGUGGAAAGAGGAAAAGGGCAAGGGCAUGUGCGUGGCGGAAUGAAUGGAAACCGCUGAAUGCCGCUGCAUUUAGCAUCUUGUCCAAGCGCGA